AUGCCCGCAACUCGAAGAAACACCAAACGAACGCAAUCCGUGGACGAUGACGUCGCCAGCCUAUUCGCAUCGUCGCAGCCCACGGGCGAGGACCCAGACAACGCCGAUUCAGACAUGGCACAGGCAGCCGCCGAGGAGUUCAGAGCGACCUGGCAAAAGCACAUGAAGGAAAAGGAGGCGCGCCUGCAGCAGGCGCUGCAAAAAGAAGUCGACAAAUACCUCGACAAAAAGAGGCAGGAGCGUGACAAUGUUCUCAAAGAAAUAGAAGCGAUAUACGACGCGUUCCUGACGCAAUAUGCAAUUCUGGAAGACGACGUCCGCAGAAUUCUCGUCGACAUCAGUGAGAAGCAGAAUGCGCUGCUGAUACUGGUAGCAGAGAGGCAGGCCGCAGCCCACGAACGCGCCGCUGAGCUCGAGAAAGGGCAGCUCGAGGGAAUGACGCGCCUCAAAACGGCCUCUCAGGGCGACGGCACCAAGUACUGCAGGUGCUCGUCGGGGCAUCAAAACGACGACGACAAUGACGACACCUAUUUGCCCCGCCAUCCAAAGCUGAGGCGGGCGGCACGGCGUGAGAUCCGCCUGACGCAGCCCAGGCUGAAGUUGAAGCCGUUGAAUCACAUGCAGCCGUACCGAGAAGCUCGGGGCGUCAGGAACGACGUUAACGAGUGCCUAUGCCGUGCACAGGGUGGCGCGGACUCGGAGAGCCGCAUCGCUGAUGAGUUCGCUGCGGCGCGCCAAGAUGCCAGAGUGUUCCAGGGGCCCCCCGCAACAGACGCAGACCGUGCGCCGUCCUAUCGUGUCGCCUCCAUUGGCCGAUCUGCCAUGCGAAGAUGCACUGCGAUACGGUACGACGAUGCGAUUGGCGUGCCCAUACACGCACGCACGCACAUCGUGCACACAUGGAACAGGGGGAAACGGCAGUCGUUGCAGGGCGCGCUAAGUAACUUUGGUCUGAUGCGAGAGAGACGGAUUCGGUGCCGGCGGUGCACCGGUGGACCUGAGUAG